GACAAACACACACUAGUAUGUUAAAACAAAAAAAGAGAAUCAAUCCUGAUGACUCAUGGCCUAAGUGACACCUAUCUCAAUAUCUCUAGAGGGUUCGACUGUUUCGACUCAACUGUUUCAGAAAGUAUAAAUGGCUGCGCUACCGAUGCGCCACCUCACCCCUCUCGCCCCAUAUUUAUCUCCUCUUUCACAACGACCCCUUCAUUUUUCAUAUUUCCAUCAUCACUCCCCUCGACGCAGAACCCAUCGACUAUCCAUCUCAACAAUGGCUUCCGCUGCUAAGAAGGUUUUGGUACCGGUGGCGAACGGCACGGAGCCUCUGGAGGCGGUGAUAACAAUAGACGUGCUGCGGAGGGCCGGCGCCGACGUGACGGUGGCGUCGGUGGAGGAGCGGCUCCGCGUGGACGCGUGCCACGGUGUCAAAAUUGUGGCCGAUGCUCUUAUAUCUGACUGCGUCGGUACCGCCUUUGAUCUCAUCUCCCUACCGGGAGGAAUGCCGGGUGCUACCACUUUAAAGGACUGCACAACACUGGAAAGCAUGGUGAAGAAGCAGGCUGCAGAUGACCGACCAUAUGCAGCAAUAUGUGCAGCUCCUGCUGUUGCACUUGGGUCAUGGGGUCUGUUGAGCGGUUUGAAGGCUACUUGCUACCCGUCAUUUAUGGAGCAAUUGUCAUCUACUGCAUCAGCUGUUGAAUCAAGGGUGCAGCAGGAUGGAAAAGUAGUGACGAGCCGUGGACCUGGAACUGCAAUGGAAUAUGCUGUUGCUUUGGUUGAACUGCUCUAUGGAAAAGAAAAGGCUGAUGAGGUUUCUGCACCUCUGGUCAUGCGGUCGAAUCAUGGGGCAGAGUACACUUUCACGGAGCUAAACCAAGUCAAGUGGACAUUUGAUAGUUCUCCAAAGAUUCUUGUACCAAUUGCGAAUGGGACUGAAGAGAUGGAGGCCGUCAUCAUCAUCGAUGUACUCAGACGAGCAAAAGCUGAAGUGGUAGUGGCUUCUGUCGAAAGUCAACUCGAGAUUUUAGCUUCAAGGAAUGUCAAAUUGGUUGCCGAUGUUCUCCUGGAUGAAGUUAUCAGCCACCCAUUCGACCUCAUUGUCUUACCAGGUGGACUCGGUGGCGCUCAAGCCUUUGCAAACUCGGAGAAACUCGUAAACUUGCUCAAGAAACAAAGUGAAUCGAACAAAUUCUAUGGAGCAAUAUGCGCAUCCCCAGCUCUAGUCCUUGAGCCUCAUGGCUUACUUAAGGGUAAGAAGGCUACUGCUUUUCCUGCUAUGUGCAACAAACUGUCGGACACCACUGAAGCUGAGAGCCGAGUAGUUGUGGACGGCAAUCUUGUGACGAGCAGAGGGCCAGGAACUACCAUGGAGUUCGCCUUAGUGAUUGCUGAGAAGUUUUCCGGACGAGAAAAAGCACUCGAGGUUGCCAAGACCAUGCUUUUCGUACACCAUUAGAGGUUAUACGAAAUGCUCGAUUUUUGCCCUGGGAUAAUCUCGGCUUGAUUUUUCAUGACCAGUGGGUCAUCGGUGUUCGAUGAUAUAUAUACGUAUUCAGUUAUAAAUCAAGUCAUAUAUGAAUUCGUGUAAGAUAUUCGAAUGUGUUUGAUGAGGUAUUUGUAUUUGUAUUCAGCA